AUGCCCGCAAGGCAGAACGACGACCUCGGAGGCGAAGGCGGCGAUGCUGCCGUGCUGGGCGCGGCAGCGGUAGCGGUAACGACGGCGUCGGCGGCGGCGGCGGAAGGAGCGGCACCGCCAGCGGUAGCAGCGAUAGAGCAGACGGUAGCGGCGGCGGUGACGGAGGAGGUGGUGCCUAGAGCCUCGGACACGGAGACAGGAAGAGCGGGCCGGGACCGAGAGAACGGCUGCGACGUGCCCGUCGCGGCCGAUCCAGGGACACCCGAAUCGACACCAGUUCCACCGCCUCCAUUGGCGGCCGCUGCAGACGGAGAUGACCCCGAGGUUACUACCACUGCGGUAGCUGGGGAUGGAAGUGUCGCCGGUGCCGCCACCGCCGGCCGGGUGUCCAAGCGCGUCGCCGCCCGGGCGGCAGAGCAGGCCAAGGCGGCGGCGGCGGCGGAAGCAGAGGCGGAGCUGGCGGCGGCGGCCCUGGAAGCGAAGGCGCGCCGCAAAGAGGCCGCUGCCGCGGCGAAGAAGAGCAAGAAGAAGGCUUCCAAGGCGGCGGUGGCGGCGACGACGACGAUCAUCUCCGGAGAUUCCCCACCGGUGGUCUCCGGAGAUUCCCUCCCGGCGUCACACAAGAAAGGGGUCACCACCGGUAUGACUACUUCCACGGAAGGCGUUCCGCAUGGCCCCAAGACCCGCGUCAUACCGGGGAACAUACCGCCGGCUGCUGGAACGGCGGGGAAUCCCGCCAAGCUGGCCUCGAUCUUCCUUCCCAGGGCGGGCGGCUGGGGGGGCGCGGCGCCUGCGGCGGGUCCCAAGCUGGCGCCGCUCUUCAUGCCCAAGAGGAAGCCUAGCCCUGAGACUUUUAGCGGCGGCGGCGGCGGCGGUGGCGGUAGUGGCGGUAGUGGCGGUAGUGGCGAGAAAGAGGAAGAGAAAGAGGAAGAGGAAGAGAAAGAGAAAGAGAAAGAGAACGAGAAAGAGAAGAGCGGACGGAAGAAGGCUUCUCUUCCUUCUGCGGUGACUCCUCCGAGCAUAGAGAUCAUGGACGUAGACAACGAGGACGACGACGAGGAGGUCGUAGUCGCCACUGUCCUGGAAGCGAACUCCAGCACCAAUGUCGGCGGCAGCAACAGCAGCGGCAGCAGCAACAGCAGCCGCGGCGGCAGAAGCAAAAGAGCGUCGGAAUCCGGUGCCGGAGGUGGUGAAACCGUCGACCUGGCGGCAGGGGGGCACGCAGACGACAACGAGGAUGGUGACGGGGGGUGGAAGGAAGCGUUGGCGGCAGCGGCGGCGGCGCCAGUUAAGCCCCGUUCCAAGACGGUCACGGCCAUGACGGACGAUCAGCUUCUGUCUGCUGUAGACAUGUUCCUCACGACCGACCAGCGCAAGCGCAAGGAAGCGAUCAAGAGGGACCAGGCGAAGAAGCGCAAGGACAUUGACGCGGCCAACAAGCUCUUGAGGGACAGGGCGCAGAGGGACUCCUGGGCCCACUCCGCCGGUUCCUUCUCCCCAGUCGACCUCACGUCGUCCGAAGGCGACAGGGCCGCCAAGCGUCCCCGCUCCAUGGCCUCCAUCUUCGACAAGCCCGUCCGACCAACCGGCGCCGAAGGCGCCGCUGCCGCCGCCGCGCUAGCCAAACAGAGAGAGGAGAGCGGGUAUGGUCGCUGGAAGCCUACCCCAGCCCCGCUCCCCGUCUGCCGCCACCACCACUUCUUGUCGAAACCCCUCCAUGACGAUGUAGACUCAGGGAACGAUGCUGCUGCUGCUACUGCUGCCGCUACCUCCUGCGGGGAUGAUGGCGUGGGGGGACGGCGGUUGCGGGCGGGGCGGGGGGACGGGAUCCCCAGAGAUGGUGGUCUUCCCGAAGCCUCUUCUUCUUCUUCCUCGGCGGCGAGCGGAGGUGUUUCGGCAUCUAGGCAGGGUGAAGACGACGAGAGUGGUGGUGUUGGCUGUGCUGCUUGCGCUGUGAUGGACGCUGACUUGUUGCGGUCACUUCGCAUGCCCGGCACCACCGGCGGCGGCGGCGGCGGCGGCGGCAGUGUUUACUCGAACGGCGGCGUCUUGGGCGACAGCAGCAGCAAGGACGGCAAGGGUGAUGAUGGCGAUGACGUCAGCAUGGCGAUUCCUCCGCUUCCGACGGUGCCCUUGAGGGAGGCAGUCGAGGUCACCGCCGCGGCAUCCGAGAGAGAGGCCUCGGCUUGGAGCCGCGCCGUCACAGCAACAGCAACAACAGCAGCAGCAACAGCAGCAGCAGCAACAGAGCCACCAUCUACGGCGACGGCGGCGAAGAAGGCCAACAACAACGCUAGCGGCGGUGGUGGUAGGGGUAGCAGAUAUUUUGCGUCGCCCGCAGCCAGGCUGUUCUCCGGAGGGCCCGCUGUUGGUGCUGGUGGGAGAGGCGGCGGCGGCGGCGACGACGACGGCGGGGGUGCUGUGCAACCGCCUGCUGCUAGGGGUGACGGUGGUGUUGAAGAUGCCGGGAUGGUGGGUGUUGAAGGUAUCGGGGGCAACGACGAUGACGUCAUGCUUGUGUCGUCGAAGGAAAGCACGGAGAAAGCCCAGUCCCCGGCGGCGGCAGCAGUCAGAGUCUCCUCUAGAGGUAGGCGAGGUAGCGCCGCUGCCGCCGCCAUCGGGGGGGGCGGGGGUGCUGUCGCCUCCGCGGGGGAAGAAGUUGCCUGGACUGAGACAGGGCACGGGGAGGAAGAGGAGCUGGGGCAGCACGAUCAGGAGGAGAUCAUUUCGUCCGGGCGUAGGGAGAGGAUGAAGAAGACUGCAAGGGCUAGGCGGGCGGAGGCUGACGCGGACGCCCUGUGGACAGAGGUGUACCGCCCGCGGUCCCCCGACGAGGUCUGCGGCAACGCCAUGCAGAUGGCGGCGCUGUCCAAGUGGCUGGGGGAGUGGAAGGAGAAGCGGAAGGGUGGGGGGGGCGGGGACCGAGCCGGUCCAUCCCCGGGUAGCGGAGGAGACUCUGGGGCAGAGUCUGAGGUGAGCCAACUAUCAAGCGGUUUCUCGUGGACAGUCUUUUCAGUUUUCACCCGGUCUCACCCGGUCUUUGGGUGA